ACCACUCCCCGGGGACAGGAACUACACGCGACCCACUGCGGCCGGGCUCGUACAGCACAUCGGCAAAGCCAGCUGCCGGGAAAUGGACGCGACAGAAGCAGCAGAUAGUAGUGGAGAAGGAGUACGCCACGGCGGCGGCGAGGGAGGAAAAGAUGGCCGGCCGGAGAAGGACGAGGCCAAGAAGAAGGUGCCGUUGCUCGGCAUGUUCAGGUACGCCGACCGCAUCGACGUGCUGCUGAUGGUGGUCGGCACGCUGGGCGCGAUGGGCAACGGCGUGGCGGAGCCACUCAUGUCCGUGCUCUUUGGGAACGUCAUCAACUCCUUUGGCGAGAGCAGCAGCAGCGACGUCCUCCGCCGUGUGACCAAGGUUGUGCUGAACUUCAUAUAUCUGGGCAUUGGGACAGCAGUUGCUUCGUUUCUUCAGGUGUCUUGCUGGACGAUGGCAGGAGAAAGGCAAUCAGCCCGCAUCCGUUCUUUUUACCUGCAAUCAGUUCUGAGACAAGAUAUUGCAUUCUUCGACACAGAAAUGACAACUGGAGAAGCAGUUUCUAGAAUGUCUAGCGAUACGGUCAUAGUUCAAGAUGCUCUUGGUGAGAAGGCAGGGAAGCUUUUACAACUCGCAUCCGCCUUCUUUGGUGGUUUUAUCAUAGCAUUCACAAGAGGCUGGCUCCUGACUUUUGUCAUGCUAACAUCGUUACCACUAGUCGCGAUCGCUGCUGCAGUGUCUGGACAGAUGCUAACCCGAGUUUCUAACAAAAGACUAACAUCGUAUAGUGAUGCUGCAGACACGGUUGAACAGACAAUUGGAUCUAUACGAACAGUUGUGUCCUUCAACGGUGAGAAGAAAGCUAUAGCAAUGUACAAUAAUUUCAUAAAAAAGGCUUACAAGACAGUUAUUGAGGAAGGUCUUAUCAACGGUUUUGGAAUGGGCUCUGUCUUUUGCAUCUUAUUUAGCAGCUAUGGCCUAGCCUUCUGGUAUGGUGGAAAGCUAAUCAUUGACAAAGGUUAUACCGGAGGGAAGAUCAUCACUGUUUUGUUUUCUGUAGUGACUGGGGUAACUUCGUUAGGGAAUGCAACACCAUCAAUUUCUGCAGUUGCAGAAGGUCAAUCUGCAGCAUACAGACUAUUCGAAACAAUUGAGAGAAAACCAGAGAUAAAUUCAGAUGAUACUAGUGGUAUGGUUUUAGAAAAUAUCAAGGGGGAUGUUGAGCUAAAGGAUGUGUACUUUCGCUACCCUGCAAGGCCUGGGCAGUUAAUAUUAGAUGGAUUGUCAUUACAAGUAGCCAGUGGAACAACAAUGGCCAUAGUUGGAGAGAGUGGAAGUGGUAAGUCAACAGUUAUCAGCCUAGUUGAAAGAUUCUAUGAUCCACAAGCUGGUGAAGUUUUGAUAGAUGGAAUCAACAUCAAGAAUUUGAGUCUUGAUUGGAUAAGAGGGAAGAUCGGUCUUGUUAGCCAAGAACCAGUGCUUUUUAUGACCUCCAUUAAAGAGAACAUAAUCUAUGGUAAAGAAGAUGCGACCCUUGAAGAGAUCAAGAGAGCAGCCGAGCUUGCAAAUGCAGCAAACUUCAUUGACAAGCUACCAAAUGGCUAUGAUACAUUGGUUGGCCAGCGUGGCACUCUGCUUUCUGGAGGACAAAAACAAAGAAUUGCAAUUGCGAGGGCUAUCCUUAAAGAUCCAAAAAUUCUUUUGCUAGAUGAAGCAACUAGUGCAUUGGAUGUGGAAUCUGAGAGGAUAGUUCAGGAGGCACUCAAUAGGAUAAUGGUAGAAAGAACCACACUCGUCGUUGCUCAUCGUUUGAGCACUGUAAGGAAUGUGGACUGCAUCACAGUUGUUCGUCAAGGGAAAAUAGUUGAACAAGGUCCUCAUCAUGAAUUGGUGAAGGAUCCCAUUGGAGCUUACUCCCAGCUUAUUAGGCUACAAGAAACUCGUGGUGAUGAAAAGCGUAAAAUACAAGAUUCUGGAAUGUCCAAUUCCUUAUCAAAAAGCACUAGUUUGUCAAUCAGACGGUCAAUGACUAAAGAUUCAUUUGGCAAUAGCAACAGAUACUCCUUCAAGAAUCCGUUAGGAUUGUCAUUUGAGUUGCAUGAGGAUGAAAUCACGGACAACCACAGGAAAGAUGACCUUCUCGAUGGGAAGUCCCUUAAGAAAGCACCAAUUGGACGUCUUUUUAAUCUUAACAAGCCAGAGGUGCCAUUUCUUCUGCUCGGUUCUAUAGCAGCAUCGGUGCAUGGAAUCAUUUUCCCAUUAUUUGGCAUUAUAAUGUCCAGCAUUUUAAAAUCAUUUUACGAGCCACCAGACAAGCUGCGAAAAGAUUCUAGCUUUUGGGCACUGAUAUGUGUUGUUCUGGGGAUUGCAUCUUUGAUUUCAAUUCCAGCAGAAUAUUUUUUGUUUGGAAUUGCUGGUGGUAAGCUUAUAGAGCGUGUUCGUACUCUGUCAUUUCAAAAUAUUGUGCGCCAAGAAGUUGCUUGGUUUGAUAAUCCCACAAAUUCCAGCGGGGCACUUGGUACGCGGCUCUCAGUUGAUGCAUUAAAUGUCCGGCGCUUAGUAGGAGAUAACCUAGCUGUUAUAGUGCAGUCUGCAGCUGCACUAAUCACUGGCUUUGUCAUAGCGUUUACAGCGGACUGGAGACUUGCACUGGUUAUCACUUGUGUCAUCCCUUUAGUGGGUGCACAGGGUUAUGCUCAAGUGAAGUACUUGAAAGGGUUUAGCGAAGAAGCUAAGGAGAUGUAUGAAGAUGCAAGUCAAGUUGCAACUGAUGCUGUUGGUAGUAUCAGGACUGUAGCAUCUUUCUGUGCGGAGAAAAGAGUGGUUACAACAUAUAACAAGAAAUGUGAAGCUUUAAGGAAACAGGGAAUUCGAAGUGGAAUCGUUGGAGGGCUUGGUUUUGGUUUAACAUUCUUGGUGUUGUAUCUUACAUAUGCUCUAUGUUUCUAUGUCGGUGCUCAGUUUGUACGUCAGGGAAAAACUACCUUUGCAGAUGUUUUCAGAGUAAGAUUUCCUAGACCAUUUGAAUUUAAAAGUUGUGCAUGGGUUUUCUUCGCUUUAGUUUUGGCAGCUGUUGGGGUUUCCCAGGCAAGUGCAUUGGCAUCUAAUGCAACAAAGGCAAGGGAUUCCGCCAUUUCUAUUUUCAGUAUUCUAGAUCGGAAAUCCAAAAUCGAUACAAUUAGCGAUGAGGGUUUGAUGUUGGAAAAUGUCACCGGCGAUAUCGAUUUCACCAAUGUCAGUUUCAAGUACCCAUCACGCCCUGAUGUCCAAAUAUUCAGUGACUUCACGUUGCACAUUCCUUCCAGAAAGACCAUAGCACUCGUUGGGGAGAGCGGUAGUGGCAAGUCCACAAUAAUUGCUUUACUGGAGCGUUUCUAUGAUCCUGAUUCUGGUAGAAUCUCAAUAGAUGAAGUCGAAAUCAAGAGCUUAAGAAUAAGCUGGUUAAGGGAUCAGAUGGGGCUGGUAGGCCAGGAGCCAGUGCUUUUCAACGACACGAUCCGUGCCAACAUAACAUAUGGGAAACACGGAGAGGUGACAGAGGAAGAAGUCACAGCUGUGGCCAAGGCAGCCAAUGCUCAUGACUUCAUAUCAAGCUUGCCACAAGGAUACGAUACCCUGGUCGGCGAGAAAGGAGUGCAACUAUCUGGUGGGCAGAAACAACGGGUAGCCAUCGCAAGGGCCAUCAUAAAGGACCCUAAGAUACUACUACUUGAUGAGGCAACCAGUGCCCUGGAUGCGGAAUCGGAGCGCAUCGUUCAAGAUGCAUUGGAUCGGGUCAUGGUCAGCAGGACGACCAUAGUGGUGGCGCACCGCCUCUCCACAAUUAAAGGGGCUGAUAUGAUUGCAGUCCUCAAGGAAGGCAAGAUUGCAGAAAAGGGAAAACAUGAGGCCCUCAUGCGAAUCAAGGGUGGAGUCUAUGCUUCGCUAGUAGAACUUCGCUCAAAUUCUUAGUAGAGUUGUGUAUCUUUUGAAUACUUGUACAUUUGUUCGUAGUACGACUAAAUACAAUUAUCUUUAUGAUUUGAGAAGUGGAUGCAAGAGCUGCCACUUUUUUUCCAUGAAGAUCUAUGAUUAGGAUAAUAGUAGGUAAUGAGAGUAAUCAAACUGGUUACACGA